GACAUCCGGGUUUUGAAGCGCCAUUUCUCCCUUUCCGUCGCAUCUCUGUGUGUUGUAACGUCAUCACGGCAGCGCCGGCAGAAGGACCUGUUGGGAUUCUGCUCCCUGCGAAGGUUAGCAGAAAGCGCUGUAAACAGUAGCUGGUCGUCGGGAGCCCCUGCUGAGAGCUGCCGGGUCGGGGCACGGUAGUGUGGGCAGCAGCAGGCAGAGGAACUGCGCUGCCGCGGAUUGGGAAACGGAAAGGAGCGAACCGGCCAGGAAGAGCCCGGCUAAAGUCAACUACGUGUGCCUUGAACUACCAUGACAUCAUGGCAAGAUUUCGCAGGAGAACGUGCAUCAUUUUGUUGCUUUUUAUUUUAUUUAUUUGCUCCAUAAUGAUGGCCUUAAAAACCUUAAGGCCUGAAAGAGCUGGGUUUGGAGAUCCAUUUGGUCUUGGUCUCCUACCGGACUUUCAGCAACGGACAACAAAUUCAAAAAACAAGUUUGGUCUGCACAAUGGAGCCAAGGAAGAUGACUUUUCACAUACCAAACAUUUGCACACGUUAACUAUGAAUAUUAAAGCACCUACAGUUUCUGUAAGAAAACUGGAAGAGAAUCUGCCUCCUCUGAACUACGAUUUGCAUGUGUUCUACUACAGCUGGUUUGGGAGUCCACAGUUUGAUGGCAAAUAUAUUCACUGGAAUCAUCCUUUGUUGACACACUGGGAUCCCAAAAUUGCCAGUGGUUAUCCAAAAGGAAGACAUGGUCCUCCGGAUGAUAUUGGAUCUAACUUUUAUCCUGAACUUGGGCCCUACAGCUCCAAAGACCCUUCUGUGAUAGAAGCCCACAUGAAACAGAUGCGUUCGGCUUCCAUUGGGGUAUUGGCUCUUUCUUGGUACCCACCUGGAAUGGCUGAUGAAAACGGGGAACCUACUGAUGGCCUGGUACCUACUAUUUUGGAUAUUGCCCAUAAGUACAAAUUAAAGGUCACUUUCCAUAUUGAGCCAUACAAAGACAGAGAUGAUCGCAGUAUGUACAACAAUGUCAAGUAUAUCAUAGACAGAUAUGGAGACCACCCAGCUUUUUACAAACAUAAAGUCAGCACAGGUAGAAUGCUUCCUAUGUUUUAUGUUUAUGAUUCUUACAUAACCAUCCCUGAGAUGUGGACAAAUCUGCUCACUGUGUCGGGAUCACAGAGUAUACGCAACACGCCAUAUGACAGUUUGUUCAUUGCUCUUCUUGUGGAAGAAAAACAUAAGCACGAAAUCCAUAGAAGUGGCUUUGAUGGAAUGUAUACAUAUUUUGCCACAAAUGGCUUCUCAUAUGGAUCAAGCCACCAUAACUGGCCAGGUCUGAAAGCUUUUUGUGACAAGAACAGCUUGAUGUUCAUUCCAAGCGUGGGUCCAGGAUACAUAGAUACCAGCAUCCGGCCAUGGAACAACCACAACACACGGAACCGUAUCAAUGGGAAAUAUUAUGAGACUGCAUUCAGUGCAGCACUUCUAGUACGACCUGAAAUAAUUUCUGUUACCUCUUUCAACGAAUGGCAUGAAGGAACUCAGAUUGAGAAAGCCAUUCCCAAAAAGACUGGAAAGACAACUUACCUGGACUAUCAGCCAUAUAAGCCAAAUAUUUAUCUGGAGCUCACUCGCAAGUGGUCUAAAAAAUACAGCAAGGAAAAAGAGCAGUGGCUUACCUGAAGUUCUACUGUGCUUGUUUCUUAAUGGAUUGAUUCCCUGGCAGUUCUUCAAGGGACUUAAUCACUGUGUCUCACUGAUAUACUGAGAAUAUUUCUUCUUGUGAGAAAUAUAGCCUGUAUUAUUGCUAUAGCUUUGUAUAAAAGAGAGUUUUCUAUAUAAGGCAUAAAUAUAAAAUGAUAAGCAAUACGAGCCCUCCAGAUGGCAUACUUAGAACAUGUGGGGAGUGCUAAAUGGUUAACAUAUUGAUAUUUGUUGAUUACAACUAAUCUAUGUAGAAAACUUCAUUGGUGGCAAGUUGAAUAAUACAGAGCUUACUUCAUUUUGCGCCUCAGUCCCAACAGCUGCAUUGGAUCUCUGCACCUGAGUCUCAGUUCAACCUCUCUAGAAACAGCCACUUGCAUGGUCCAACAAAAGCAGUUUCCAAUGAGAUGUGAGGGUACCUAGCUAGGACAUGAAACUAAACACACCUUAAUGCACAUGUGCAAGUCCUUCUGUCCAUCCAAACACAUUCUUUAGUUCAGGGCCUUGUGGCAAUUGUGAACAAAACUUUGCAUUCAUAGUUGCUUAAAGCUUAAUGCUUGGUGUGUGAAACAGAGAAUCUCCUAGGAGCUGUUGUUUUUAAGCAUCGUUUUGGUGAACCGGGGCUGCACAAGGGCACAGCCUGCUUUUCCUGUACAGCUCCCAUGCAUUUCAGUGCAAACAAGACAAGUCGGUGGUAGGUUCUACUCCAAGUGUGUUUGUUUUCUCUACUUCAUAGAAGUUGAAAAGUCUUAUUUUUAUAUUUUGUGUUACCUUUUGGUAUAAACAGUGAGGGAUGUGAAAUUAUUGCCGUGUCGAUAGUUGGGAAUUUCAGUUUUAGAAACGUUAACGAUGUGUUACUAUUUUGCUUGGCAUCAUUUUAUGUUUUAGACCCCUCUACCAGCUUUUACAUAAGCGAAAUUAUUGUUGGCUAGCAACGAUAGGGGAGCUAUUGUGUUCUCUCUAAGGGGUAAGUGUUAGUCACCUGAGCAUUUCAAGAGGCCAAAAAACCUCUGUGUCUGUGUGCUUAAUGUGAAACUAUCAAACCUUGUUAUCUCUAGAGCGCAUGGAGGGUGUCCAAGGUAGAAAUUCCAAAACGAUGGCUUGGUUAUAAAGGCAAGGACGUGACAAUAUAAGUGUGCAGGUGCUUGCAUGAUAUACAGUUUUCUCUCUUAUAGAAAAGAGGAAAAUGGCAGGGGGGAGGAAUUAAGAUGGCGAUUAGGUAGUAGCUUUUGCUGCUGGCUCAAAUAUUUGUUUGUUUGUUCAACUCCUGUUUUCUUUGUCUCAUGGAUUACAGAUAUGCAGCAAGUUUCAAAUGAGUUUACUUGUUACUUCCCCACCACCACCACCAGUGCUUUGGAUGAUUAUUGUUUUUGGGAGCUGUUGUUUCACCACACUGUAUCUUCUAGUGCAGUAUCUUAGUUUCUCCUGCACUACAGAAAUCAAUUGAUAAGUUACCAACUUUUGGUCGCUAUGCAAUGGCAAUUAUGAUUAAAUUUAAUAGUGCCAGUUUGCUUCUGAUAAAUGUAUACAUACCACCAAUAAGGUUGAGUACACAAAUUAAAGAAAUUUGAGAGAUAUGUAAACAGGCUGCAGCAUACUUUUCCCUAAGCCUUUACUGUAAUUGCAGGAGACUUCAGUGUGAGAAUGGAUAGGAAUGAUCUAUCAUAUCAGAAGUUCAAAAUCUGCCCGCGUGAAACAGAAGACUCGCCCACCCCCUGCCCACCCCUUGCUAUUUGGCAGUUUAAGGAUGAGGUUGCAAACUUUGCAGGUUUUUGUCUAACACAAGCCGUUGUCAAAUUGGAGUUUCAUUUGCUCAUUAAUGCUGCACCUGAUGGUUCCCCUGGAGAAUUCACCUAUUGGGUUGAGUCUAAAAUGUCCACAGUUGACUAUAUUAGGUCUUGCAAAAUGUGCUAGCUUAUUUGGGCCAUUUUAAAGUUGCUAAUCUCUCUGAUAGUGAUUCAUUUUCCUGGGCUAUUACAUAUAUCAUUUGAAAGGCAGCCCUUUUUGGAGUUAACAGAAAAUUUAAACGUGGCUGAAAUUCAGCCCACUCGAGUAAGGUGGUCUGAGGUCAGAUUACCUCAGCCUUCAAGUUGGAUUUGUUGCAAAAUGUGUGUAUUGCAAUAUUGACAAAUGAUACGAGAAAUUGUACUUUAGACCAUUAUGAAAAUUUAAUUCAGGCCUUAAAAUCAUUUUUGACAAGGAAAUUUAUAAAUGUUUGUCUAAAGAACAGUUUGAUCAGGAAUGCUUUAAUACAAAGAAAGAACUUAUUAAGCUUUAUCAAACUUAUAGAGAAGGUUCAGCAAAUUAUCCUCCUCAAGAGCUUUUAAGGCAGAAAAGAAAAUGCAAAUUGUUAAAAUCUAAAAAGAAAAAUGCCUUAAAAGCGCCAUGGCAGCGUUUGAUUGCUGCAGCAUGCCUUAAACAUUAUUCAGUCUUCUGGCAACUUAUUAAAAUGCAACCUGGUCCAUUUUGCUCAGUUUGUCAUAUUCUACCUAAAAUGUGGGAGGAUUAUUUUCGUAAUUGUGUGCCGCAGAAGAGGUUGAUGAAUCUAUUCUUGAGUUAGAUGAGGAUUCCAAAUGACUUCCAGUAUCAACAGUAGUUUCCCUGGUGCAGCAGUUUAAACAGGCAAAGUCCAUAGAAAUAAUUUGAUUACAGUUGAGAUAAUUAAAGAUAAAUUGGAAUGGUGGGCACCCAUGUUGGCCUUUCUUCUUAUAGCAAUCGAUUUAACUGCCAAAGUGUCAAAAGACUGGUUUUGAAAAGCAUACUGCUCUACAUAGUAUUUGUGUGUUUGAAAGAAGGGUUUGGGUUCUAUUUUGACCUGGCCCACAGCUGGACCUGGCCCACAGAAUUGGGCUUGGCAAACUAAAAUAUUUUCCAAGACGACUUCAAACAAUAGCUUUGUUUGUUCCAAGUCCAGUUCAGUCUAUGUCAUGCUCUCAGUGACAUUAGGGACAUGGCAAGGUCCAAACAUUUCUCAUAAACAAGUCCCCUAAAACUUGCUCUGUUGCCUCCUCCUCACUUACCUACUCUGGAAGUGGCAGGAAAGUCUUAUGAAAGCUUCCUCUCUGGUGCUUGCUGGAAUAUUAGUACAGCAGUGUCCCAGGAUCUUUGGCAAGGUAGCUUUCUCAGGAUACCAGAGUCCUGUGGACGUCAGGCACUUUGGACACAAGAUGUCCCACAGCUCCAGGAGUAUUAGCAUUCAGGGCACCAGAGAGAAAGGCAAGCAGGAGUCCUAAUUAUCACCACCACCAAAUCGGGUAAGUGGAGAGAGCUGGAGAAGGAGGCAAUAAUGCAAACCUCAUAUUGUUUGGGGUUUAUGCGAAUCGGAUUUUUCUGCCCACAAAGGGGUCAGAAUUCUAUUAUUCCCUUCCCCUACAAAAAUCUCAGUUUCAGCCACUUAGCAGAAAGCGACAGCUCUAAGGAGUGUUAAAAAAAUAGAUCAAGGCCAAAGUGGAUUCUUCAUUGACGAAUAUAGUGCAAUAUUCACUAUACUAGCAUAUGUCAUAUCUCUUCCUCCUAGACUAUCCAUACUAAUUUAUGGCAGGUCUUUCUCCCUGAAUGCAGUGAUGUGCAAGAAUAUUGGUACCUUAAGGGACAGUAUAAGAAAAAGUAAAGAUUCUUUUGAUACUGUUCCUUUUGAUACUGUUUGAUUCUUUUGAUACUGUUCCAAUACUGCAUGAGUAUUGGGAUAUAUAACGCAAAUGGGGAGGCAUGUGAGCUGCAUUCCUUUAAUCCCUUAAUUAGAGCUGAAGUACACAAUCCUAUGUUUCUUGGGUGACAAAACGGAUGUCUUACAACUGUUGUGAAAAACAGGUUUCACAGAUGCUAUCAAGGGAAGAAUGAAUUCUGUUGCUGCCAGUAGAAAUUGCUGGUUAUUGUUAUUUAUUUAAAUACUUUGUAUUUAAAUUAGUUGCAUAAAUUGACACUUACUAAAUUAUUCUGGAGAUGAAUAAUCUAAGCUGGAACUUGUCCUGCAUUCUGUACAUGGCAAUUGAUCAACUUUGUCUCUUUAAAUGUCUCAAAAAAGUGUAUGCUCUUAAACAAAGCACUUAAAGUAUAUUUUUUAAGGAAUUGGUACUUUAAAGAUCUCUUCAUUAUAAUCAUACACACAUACUUAAAGAAUUCAGAGUAAUCUGAAACCUACUUUGUUACUACUGUUUAGGCAUUAAAAUGUCUUUUAUCAUCUUUUUUAAAGAUCACAUCUUCAAAACAGUAACCUAACUUUAUAUUUUGUUACAUUUUCCUUUCUUUUGUUGACCUCUUGCCUAGGGCUAUAAUGCAACAAAGUUUUAUAUUUAUGUGGGAAAACCUCAUACUUGGUAGAGGUUGUAAUCAGUGUUCCCUCUAACAGGGAUUCCCAGAUGUUGACUACAGCUCCCAUAAUUCCCAGCCAAAUGCUACUGCAUCUGGGGGUGCUGGGAGUUGUAGUGAACAACAUCUGGGCAUCUCUGUUAGAGGGAACAGUGGUUGUAAUCAGCCACCCUUUUGAUUGGCAGGUUUCAUUUUAAAAUGAGAAAUGGCUUGCCUUUUCAGCUGUGUGGGGAGCUACAGUUCAGGCUUUAAAGAGAGCUUGGUUUAUCUGGUUUUCACCUACAUCUUCUCAUAGUCCAAAUUGAGGCUUUAAGAGUUGCAGCAUUUUUCUGGUAUCAAUUAGAAUAAUUUAUGCUAACUUGUGUUUCCUUUUUCCGCUAGAAGUUUGAAGUUUUGAUACGAGGUAGUUAUGAAGGUCAACAUCCCCACCCCACCCCUCUGGAAUAGUUCUCCAACCUCUGACAUCUUAGUGACAUCUUCUCCUGCUUUAUAGAAUGUUGACAUCUGCUUUUCCAAAUGUUUUCCAGAACAUUUCCAGUUCUUCUUUACUGUACAGUAUAGAAAGUAUAGUAAAGAUGAUUACAUGGCAUGGAGAAUAGAUUCAAAUCUUCGGUGCUACCCAUAUUACUAGUUUUAUAAGGUACAUAGUGUUUGAGGUUGGGGAGGCAGGGGGAAACCUGAGGGAAUGUAGGAUAGCCAGUGACUCCAUUGUACUGGGAAGUAACAAACAGCAGUGCCUUCGUAGCAGACAGUCACACUCAUAGGCUACAUAGUGAAUGUCACUGAGAGUGGGGUGUGGCAUGGGGGUUAUUAUUGGACAGAGCAGCAAGGCCUGGAAAGACUAGCUGGCAUUCUGACUAUUGAAGCACGUGCUGUUGUCAUGCAGUUCCCCCAGUGCCCUUAGAAUUUGGAGCACUCCCUAUGCUCCAGAAGGGUUCUGCAGCAUCAGAAACGCACCGCUGAACCUCAGCGACAUGCUUCCAAACUUUCAGCAUCCUUCUGAAAUGCAGAGAAUGCUUCAAACUCCUAAAGGCUCCAGCACAACAGUGCACACACAGGGGAACACGAGGAAGUUGUGUGAGGGCUCCUGGCACGUCCUCGCUGUCCCUCAAAGCUUGCCCAUUUAUAGGGUGGGAUGUCGGCCGCUAUGUAAAGAAAAGCAGUACUCUUAAGGUUUUGCUAUAUGCCCUUUGAAUGGAUCAUUUGAUAUAACUUGAAAAACAUAUGCAAUGAGUUUGACAGAAAACUGUUCCAAGUAGCUCGCUUGAGCAAGGCAUGCUUAGUUAUAUUUUGAAUUGCACCUCCUCUUAAACACUGCACCAUUUUAAAACUAAUAUUCCUCUCUGAGCUAAGAAGCAGGCAUCAUUUUAUAUGCAAUCCAAUAGUAAGCCACUGACACAUGUUGGCAAUGAAGUGGGGGGGGGGCUGAAUUCUAGAAUAGUUGAUCUAGAGCAGGGGUAGGCAACAUGGGCUCUCCAGAAGUUGCUGAACUACAACUCUCAUCAUCCCCAACUGUAAUAAAUUGUGGCUGGGGGUAAUGGGAGUUGUAGUCCAGCAUCUGUUGCCUCCCCUGAUCUAGAUCAGUUUUCUGACAGAAGAGUUGAAAAACCUAUAUCAAGGUCUGCCUUAUAUAAAAUGAAAUUAUUUUAAUUUCUAAGGGAGAAUCUUUCACAAAACCCUGUUAUACAAGGGGUUGUUUUUUAUGCACAGAGCAUGAAGUUAGGGUACUUUGCACACAUUUAUACUGAUGAUGCAGACAGACAAAAUCACACCCUGCUAUCAAAAUGUAGGCAGGAACACUGUUAUGGAAUAAGAUGUGUAAUAGUAACAAUUAUACAGAUUUGUAUUAUCUGAAAUAUUCAUUCCAACUUUUACUUUUAAAGAAGUUCUUUGAGCUUCAAUGGAAAGCAUGUUGAAUAGCUUAGUAGACAGGCUUGAUCCUUUCUUGUGAAACAUUUGUUAAAAUAUGCUGAUCCUGCUUAAAUCAGUUUUUCAAGUGGUUUGUUGUUUUGAUCACAUUUCAAAAACUUGAGCUGUCAAAAGCUGCCUAAAGAUGUUUUAGUCUGUGCAGUAAUAUUUCAGUGCAAAGUGGUAUAUUUUGUAAAUGGGUUUCUGUUAUGUAGCCCAAAGUGAAUAGAAAUAAUAGCAACAUUAACUUAUUUGCCUCUACUUAGUGGAGAAAUUAGAAAAUUCCCAUGUAAAAAUAGCAUCAUCGAUGCAUGUAAAAUAAGUGCAGGAUUAACAAAUUUAAUGUGUCAAACUUGCAUCAGUCUCUUUAAUUUACCACUCUAUGUCUUAAAGAGCCAAUCGGCCUGAACAUACUUUAUACCUGGGACCACCCCUUCCUCCAGUUCAAGCGAACAAACUUUGAGGAAGAGGUAAUGGCAAUUGGGCAGAUUGGUUAAAGAUCAGUUACUGGGAUAUGUGUACUGCAGUUUGACUUGCUCUGAAGCCAAAAUUAUGUCAUUUAUGCCAUACCUGGAAUCUAGGAUUUUUCUCAGUGCAAACUAUCCUGAUAUUUAUUUGAGAUAUAGAUUUCUUUUAUAUAGCAUAUAGCUUGAAUAGUAGAACACUUUGACAUCCUCUGAAGUUUAACUGUUUGUGGAAUUAAGAGAGCAACUAGCCAAUUGAAGCUUUGUGGAAGUAUUGUCUGAGACUGUGUAAUUGCCCUUGUUGCAUAUAAUUCCUAGAAUGUCACAGAAAGAUAACGAUUUUUUCCUUUCUGGUCAUUUGGGAUGAAGACUAUUAUAUUCAAGAGCAUGAGCAUCCCAAAUUCAGACAUCACAUGAAACCACAGUUAAACCUUGGUUAAAAACAACUGCUUGGCUAAAAACAACUCCAGGGAGCACACUUUCCCCUGCCCAUGUGCGAGUCAGAAGAAUUCUACUUGUGAUUAGUUAGAAACAAAUCCAGAUUGGUCAUGACAUCCAACCCAACUGAUCUUGAUUUAUUCUAUCCAGAUUAUUUGAUAUCAAACCUUAUGCUCAGACCAUGGUUUAUUUCAAGCAAUUUUGUUAGAAAUGAUCUUGACCAAGAUCAUUCAGUUAAGAUGACUUAACUGAUCUUGGUUUAAGAUGUCAUAACUGAUUUUGGUUUGUUUCUAACCACAGUUGGAAGUAAAAUUCUUCUGACUCACACAUGUAGGCUGGAGAAAGCAUGUUCCUGAGGUUAGGAGAUGUCAUGUGGAAACAAGUUCUGCAUGAUGUCUGGACCAGCCUAUCAAACCCUUUGCUGGGAGAGUCCUCCUAUUAUUUCUCUAGCACUUCUGUUGUAUUGUUCCCUUGUCCCCCUUUCCUGCCAUCCGUGUUAUGUAAGUUUAAAGUACUCCUGUGAUACCCAGUUCUAAAGCAGAUGAGAAAUCUGACACACAAUGCUUGGUGCAGGAAAGUUGCUGUAGCUCAGCAACAGGCGUGUGAAUAUGUGGGUUUGUUGUGGAUAAACAAUGCACAUUGCAGUGGGAGGAGGAGAGCUAAACAAGAUGUUGCUAGACCAUUUUUAAUAUAAUUACCUUGGCUGCAGUAGUUGGAGAUUUACAAAUGUAUGCCCUGAUUAGUUCUGUGGUAUUCAGGCUAAAACUCAGGCAAAAUGUACAAUGAACAGUCUCACUUGAUGUAUCUUGUGUGGAACUGGACCACUUCAGACUACAGGUUAGGUUGUUGGGGGCUCUAAUGGCUGCUGUAAACAGUUCCUUGAACAUUCAAUUCUAGAAUGUCAGGAAUAAAAUUAGGCUAGAACCUAACAGUUUGAUAUGUAUAGGAAUAUUUUUUUGGUGUGAGGUGGCAUUCUAGCAACAGAGAAUGCCUGAGGCUGCUGAUUGUGGAGUUUGCUUCUCAAAUUGCUAUGUAAUUUGAACCACUGUUUGAAUAUGCUUCUUGUCGUGUUUUGUGGAGUUGGUGAAUUGCCACAUUUACAAACCAUAGUUUGACUGUUAGAGGCUUUUAUCAAGAAUUAGUGCUUAUUUCAUUCUUCGCUAUCCCUGCCCCAUAUAACCUUCUAACAGAAUAUACAUAUUGACUCUGUAUGAUACUAACAAUUGUCAAUUUGUACUGAGGGCCGAUUUGUAUUUUCUGUACCCUGGUGUAUAUAAUUAAUAGUUGUGCAUUAAUUGGAAAUGUGCAACUGCCCACGAAAUGCACAUGAAGGUGGCUACUGGAAAAAAAUAUUGGGCCCCUGUGACUGUUAAUUUUAUAGGGAAUUGUAUAUGCUAUCUAUGGUGGUUGCACCAGAUAUGUGUUUGUGUCCCUGUAUCGGAGUACAGAAAGUAAAAUAUGAAUCUGUUUUAAACAACUGUCAUAUUGGAGUUUAAGCUUCUGAGUUGUCUGCUUUAUAGACUUGCUUAGUAGCAUAAGUUCAUGCUGUGAUCCUAUUUAUAUUUUGUUCAGUAAGUUCCCUAAAACAAAAGCAAUGAGGUAUAACAGCAACACGCUGAUGGAAUUUUUUUGGAAUUAAUCUGAAUGUAUGCAUUUCUGAAGGUACAUGUUACCCUUAUGAAAACAUGACAGGGUACCUGUUGAUGAGGUGAAGUAAAACAUUUCCCCUUAGCCUUGGAUUUCUUUUUUCCUUUUCCUUUUUCCUUUUAAAAAACCCUUCUCUGGCACAUAACAGUUUGAGCACAUUGUGUCUUUUCUCUUUGUAUAGAUUAUUCAGUGUAUCAUAAAGAACAGGCUGUGAUUGAAGCUUUUCCAGCUUUUUACAGAAACUCAUUUCACAUUUCAUGGUCUCUUAAAAUAGUAACUGUGUGAAAUUUCAGAAGGAAAUUAUACCAAAAUACUGGGUGUGAAACUCUUUUGGUAGUGUUUAGUUCUGCUGUAUUUCCAAGAGUAAGUUCCUGAACAACACUAACCUCAAUUCGGUACAAACUGAGCCAAACUGGAUGUGACUUUAAACAUGUUGUUUGGUUCUCCCCCCUUCCCCCCCUUUUUUUUUUCCUAAACAGCAGCUGUAGGGGCUCCAGUCUAGAUUGAGACCAUGAUGUGUGGGGGAGCGGGAGGAUUUAAUGCUUUGCUCCCACAGACUGGCCACCUUUAGUUGCUGUUUGCCCUGGAGGGAAGAUCUGGGAACAAAGUAUUAAAUCUCUGCUGCUUCUGUCCAUUCCUGUUUGCCAACCCCUCCACCUGGCUGAUGUUUAACAAAACGCCAUGCAGGGCCAAACAGUGUUCUUAAAGUCAUGUCUGGCUUAGUCGUGUGUCUAAGUGGCUGACAUUCUGUAUAACAGGGCUGCUCAACUUUGGCCCUUCUGCAGAUGUUGGCCUACAAUUCCCAUAAUCCCUGGCUAUUGACUGCUGUUGCUGGGGAUUAUGGGAAUUGUAGUCCAAAAACAGCUGGAGAGCCGAAGUUGAGCAGCCCUGCUGUAUAAGAACAAGUGGCUGACAUUCUGACAUCCUCCUCAAAAACACCUGAAAAUUGCCCAUCCCCUGCAAUGAGCUUUGGCAGAGCUCUGAAGACUUUCUUAUGCAUUGAAGCUGCCUGUACUGGCACCGUUUGCUAGGAAGCUGUAUGGAUUCCUUUGGGAGUUGUCUCUCUCUCCUUCCCCCAUAAGCUCCUGAGAGGGGAAAUACAAGCUCACUCCAAUAACUUUAACAAAGGCAGCAGUGGCCAACUGAUUAGAAGUGUAACCUAAUUCCCUAGACAUCUUUACUGUGGAUUUCAACUUGUUGAUUUACAGUAUGUAAACAUUUCUAAGCCUUCAGAGAAAGAGUUGAACAAGCUGUUGCUCAUUUAAUAUCUUGCUUAGACACAUAAGUGAACCACAUAGCCCUUGGUUAAAAGAAUACUGGUUUUUUUGUGUUUUUUAAAAACCCUCUAAGGGUUUUACACUUGCAUAAUUUCUUUUUAUGGCACAUUAUGUUAAGUUGCAUGGUUAAUGUAUUUUGGACGUACUUCACUUUGUGCACCACCAAACAUUCAUGUAUCUACCACUGAUGUGUAAUGGUUUGAUGUACACAAUCUGUGUUCAGUUUAUGGGAGUCUAAAAUAUUAUGCAUGUCUCAGCAAAUGUAAUCUACAGAAAAUGCACUUCAGAAAUAAAAUCCUGUGAAAUGCUUUAUGUAAUUGAACCUAAGGACUGCAAACAAUUCCUGGCUGUGUUUUAAUAAAUAAAGUUGCAGUUACUGUGUUUCUA